AUGGAGGAAUCUAUGGAGGAAUCUAUGGAGGAAUCUAUGGAGGAAUCUAUGGACGAAUCUAUGGAGAAAUCUAUGGACGAAUCUAUGGAGAAGUCUAUGGACAAAUCUAUGGACGAAUCUAUAGAGAAAUCUAUGGACGAAUCUAUGGAGAAAUCUAUGGAAGAAUCUAUGGAAGAAUCUAUAGAGAAAUCUAUAGAGGAAUCUAUGGAAGAAUCUAUGGAGGAAUCUAUGGAAGAAUCUAUGGAAGAAUCUAUGGAGGAAUCUAUGAAUGAAUCUAUAGGGGAAUUUAUGAAGAAAUCUAUGGAGGAAAUCUAUGGAGGAAUCUAUAGACAUUAUAUGAAUACAGGAGAUACACCUAAUCCACAUAAUCUAAUCAACUGA